GAAAGUUUAAAAUUUGAAUGUAGGUAUGUCAAAAUGAAAAAGUCUUGGGGGGCUGGUGGCUGUUGUGUUGCCAAGAGACAUUGCUAAUCUAAGAUCUCUCAAUCAAGUGCCAUAAAAAUUUGGCCACAAUAAAUGUUUUCCCAAAGUAAGUGAGUCAGCAUCAGCUAUUUAAGGAGGAGUUUGUAAGAGAGCCCAAAAAUGUCCCCAGUGAGGAUAAAAUUGUCUUCAGGCUGUUUUAUCUCUUGAAAUGCAAACCCUUAUACCUCAUCUCACUGGUCCCCAAAUCCGAUCUAGUCCAGGAGCUAAAAUGUAUCCGAUUCCAUCCUAUGAAAGUACUCACAAUGAAAUGAGAGGAUCACUGUAAUAUGCAGAGGCUGGGAGCCCAUCCCCUUAUUGGGGGACAGAAGCUCGUGGCUAGACUCAACUAACUGAGAAGUAGGAGUUACUUCCACAUCUGGAUAUCAGACUGAAGAGCAGGAAGAGGAUGAGAAAGCGUGCCUGUGUUCUUGUUCCUGGAAGUGUUCCACUUAAACUCAGAUGAUCUCUUUUCCUGUCCGUCCAAACAUCAGUUCCACCUGUAAUUUUUUUUUCUCGUUUGUUUGCUUUUUUCUCUCCUGCCAAAAAACAAAAAAACGAACAACAACAACAAAAAAACUUCUUUGAAAUGGAGUUUGGUGAAGAUAAAGAUUUGUCGUUUUCUAUUUACUGAGUCUGGUCAAGUGGAAGUCCUGAGAAUUUUUAAGGAAAUGGUUCAAAAUGGUUAGCUGGGGUUCUCCCCACGUAUGAGCCAAAGAAAUUUAAACCUGAUUUUCUGUGGAGUUAAGCAGGAGGAUUGAUGGAGAUUAAUGACCCAGAAGAAAGUCCUCUUCUCUGACAUAAGACUGACAAGAAUGAGAAGCCUAGCAUGGGACCACACACGAGACAUUACUGAUGCUCUGAUUCAUACAUGCCAUAGGAAACAUGCAGCUACCAAAACAGCCACCUUAGAUGACGAUGAAAUCAUAAGCACUGUGAAUGACCUCUUUGCAGCAGGGAUUGAAACUGUAUCAACAUGUCUAUACUGGAGCUUUCUUUAUUUGAUACAGUAUCCAGAAAUUCAAGCCAAAAUUCAAGAAGAAAUUGAUGGAAAUAUUGGGCUGAAAUCACCCAGAUUUGAAGACAGGAAAAUUUUACCCUACACAGAAGCUUUCAUAAAUGAAAUAUUCAGACAUGCUUCCUUUCUUCCUUUUACUAUUCCACAUUGUUCCACAGCAGACACUACGCUGAAUGGCUGUUUCAUUCCCAGGAAAACUGGCAUCUUUAUUAACAUGUAUCAAGUCAAUCAUGAUGAAACUAUGUGGGAUGAUCCCACUUUAUUUAGACCCGAAAGAUUUCUAAAUGAAAACAAGGAACUGAAUAAAACUCUUGUUGAGAAAGUUAUGAUAUUUGGAAUGAGAAUCCGGAGGUGUCUCGGAGAAGAGAUUGCACAGAAUGAGAUAUUUAUUUUCAUUACCACACUUCUGCAACAGCUCAAGCUGAAAAAAUACCCUGGAGCCGAGCUCGACCUGACGCCCACCCAAGGGUUAGCCAUGAAGCCCAAACCAUACCAGCUCCAAGCAGAGACCCGCUCCCCAAGUAGUUCAUGUUGUUAGAUUCUCAGACUGGUGUUGGGUUUCUUAUUAAGUCAGAAAAAUUACAUAAUUCAAAUUCAUUUAACAAACAAUUCAAAGGUUGUACCCUAAGCUGUGCUAUUAGUUCAAUUCUUUGUCUAUCAUCCUAAUGUAGGAAGUGUUUUUUAAAGUGUAUGGUAUAAGAAGGGAAGGGAGUUGGGGGAGGAUGGAGAGGGCAAAGGUGGUCAAAUAUAGGGUGACAGAGGGAGACUAGAUUUUGGGUUGAGCAUACAGUGCAGUACCCAGACGAUGUAUUAUAGAAUUGCACACUUGUUUAAUGUUAUUAAUCAACGUCACCCCAAUAAGUUUAAUUGUAAAAAGUGUACGGUAUCGCCUCACUUCUAAUUUAAGAGAUCUUCUCCCAUGAGGAUAUUUUAAGAUGACAAUAAAGUGUGAUGUAAUUCAGGGGUUUUAAACCCAUGUCUCAUGCGGUGGUGUCCCAAGUGUCACUGUGUUGUUGAGAGCAUGAAAGGAAAGAAAAAGUGAGUGGUGGAUUAAACAAGCAGGCAAGGGGGCUCUGUUUACCUUCUUUUACACCAGCUUCAAAUAGACAGGUAUACUUAUAUUGGUUUUAAAUAUAGGGUGCAGAAUAAGAACAAGGUUCUGACGUUAAUACUUUUUUUCCCAAGUGGCCUAGGAAAUAGAUGUCAAGAGGUCUGGAGAAGAGAUCUAAGGUGGGCUAGAACAGCAGAAAACAUUUCACAGGAGUAAUAGGUGAGCUGCACUAGAUUUCGAGAGGUAGAGAAAAGGACAUGAGGGGGAAUUUCU